AGUGUGUGCGAGUGUGAGUAAAGUUGCAGACUUGUCGGAGUAUUGUGAGACGAGUGUGAGAGCGAGCUAGCCUUCAGAGUGCUCCGUGGAGCCCUUGCUGGUGUUCUCUCUGGACUUCGAUGUUCUCCGUGUGCUGACCUAUCGUUGUGUCUUUUCCUCGUAUCGUCCACAGCCAAUAAUCGAACAUGAAGGAGGUGACUAGCAAGCCACAACGACUGGUUAAUGUGUCGUCUGGUCAUGAAGUGUACGACACUCUCCACACUCGCGCCCAAGUGGAGGGUCAGUGCACUCGUCUACACUGCAAUGGUUCUGUUAUGUUGCCCAGGAGGAGUGGCACUGAACCUCGCUCCAAGGAGGAGGUUCUCACACUAGCCAAGGAGUUCAUUGAUGAAUACUACCAGUCUAUCAAGAGGUACAACAGCGAGCAACACAGGCAACGAUGGGAUCAAGUAAGCAGGGAGGUGGAGGAGAGAGGUACCUACGACCUGACACAGACAGAGCUGGUGUAUGGUGCCAAGUUAGGCUGGAGGAACGCACCCAGGUGUAUAGGUCGUAUACAGUGGUCAAAACUGCAGGUGUUUGAUGCUCGCUAUGUAACCACUGCCAGCGGUAUGUUUGAGGCACUCUGCAACCACAUCAAGUAUGGCACUAACAAGGGUAACCUCAGGUCGGCCAUCACCAUCUUCCCUCAGAGAACUGAUGGUAAACAUGACUUCCGUGUCUGGAACCCUCAACUCAUCAGUUUCGCAGGUUACAAGCAGGAGGAUGGUUCUAUCAUUGGUGACCCCCUCAACGUUGAGUUCACAGAGGUGUGUCAGCGGCUGGGGUGGAAAGGACAUAACAAGACGUGGGACGUGCUACCUCUGGUACUGUCCGCUGGAGGUCACGACCCGGAAUGGUUCGAUAUCCCUCCCGACCUGGUCCUCAUAGUGCCCAUCGUCCACCCUGAAUAUAAGUGGUUCUCAGAGUUGGAGUUGCAGUGGUACGCCCUGCCAGCAGUGGCAUCUCUCAUGUUUGACUGUGGAGGGUUGGAGUUCCCAGCUGCUCCAUUCAAUGGCUGGUACAUGGUCUCAGAGAUAGGAACCAGAGAUCUGUGCGACCCACAGCGCUUCAACAUACUCGAGACGGUGGGUCGCAAAAUGGGUCUGGACACUCGCAGCGCCACUAACCUGUGGAAGGACAAGGCACUUGUUGAGGUCAACAUUGCUGUCUUGCAUUCAUUCCAGAGGUUAAAUGUGACCAUCAUGGACCACCACUCAGCAGCGGAAUCGUUCAUGAAACAUUUCGAAAACGAGCAGAAGCUUCGUGGUGGAUGUCCUUCUGACUGGGUCUGGAUAGUUCCUCCACUAUCUGGGUCCAUCACUCCAGUCUUCCACCAGGAGAUGUGCCUCUACUACCUCAAGCCUUCCUACGAGUACCAGAACCCCGCCUGGAAGGUUCACGUCUGGAAGAAAAACAAAGACGUCAAUAGGAACUCUAUUCGUAAAACCAAACGGAAGUUCAGAUUCAAAGAGAUAGCAAGAGCAGUGAAGUUCACCAGCAAACUGUUUGGGAAAGCAUUAUCGAAGAGAAUCAAAGCGACCAUCUUGUACGCUACUGAAACUGGCAAGUCUGAGAUGUACGAGAAGCUGGGAGAGAUCUUCGGCCACACCUUCAAUGCUCAGGUUUACUGCAUGGCGGACUAUGAUUUAAUUAAUAUAGAACACGAGGCUCUGGUGCUGGUGGUCACUUCAACGUUUGGUAAUGGUGAUCCUCCUGAGAAUGGUGAGGACUUCGCCAAGAACUUGUACGCCAUGAAGGUGAGCGGCACCGCUGCGGACAUCGACGAUGUCACCAGCAGUGCAUCAUAUUGGCAGGACUACUCUGCACAGAAGAGCAUGCAUCGCAGUCUCUCCUUCAUGAGGAUGAACAGCCUGACGGAGGGGGCAGGAGGCACCACUAGCACUCAGGAGAACGGUGUGGCUAACUCCAACGUCCGUGGUUCCAUCACCUCAGACAUCAUGUCUGAAGACAACUUUGGACCUCUCAGCAACGUCAGGUUUGCUGUGUUUGCCCUGGGAUCCAGCGCUUACCCUAACUUCUGCGCUUUUGGUAAAUACGUUGAUAACUUGUUGUGUGAGCUGGGAGGUGAGAGGCUGCUGAGGCUCACCUGUGGUGACGAGCUAGCUGGCCAGGAACAAGCUUUUAACAAGUGGGCAGGAGAUGUUUUUAAUGUUGGCUGUGAAACCUUCUGUCUUGAUGAUGAUGUGGCCAUGAAGGAAGCAACGGCAGCCCUCAAGACGGAAACCUCAGCAACUGCUGAUAAGAUCAAGCUUUCUCCUUGUGCCAAAACUGAUGAUAUAGCUGUUGGACUUUCUCGAUCCCACUGCAAGAGAGUUAGAUCGUGCGAGGUGAUAGCUUCAAGGAACCUUCAUGGAGAGAAUGCCAGGUUAGUGUUAACACUGUUUUUCUCAGGUGAUUUACGUCCCGGGUACCAUGUUUCUAUUCUCCCUGCUAACUCCCCGGAGAUUGUUCAAGCUGUCUUGAGUCGUCUGGACAACUGCCCCGACCCUGACCAACCUAUCAAGGUGCUGCUACUCAAAGAAAUACACUCACUUAAUGGUAUAACACAGACUUGGGAGUCACACGAGCGACUACCGUCAGCCAGUGUGAGGGAGAUGCUCACACGAUACCUAGACAUCACAACACCUCCCACACCAAACUUUCUCCACUUCCUGGCUGAGUAUGCUUAUGAUAAUGACCAGCGCACUCGCCUGGAUCAACUUGCCACGGAUGCUCACGAGUACGAGGACUGGAAGCACUUCAGAUAUCCACACCUGAAGGAGGUGCUUGAGGAGUUCCCGAGCGUUAUGUUGGACGCUGGUCUGCUGCUCACACAGCUGCCGUCACUUGGACCUCGCUUCUACUCCAUCAGCUCCUCGCCAGAAGCUCAUCCAGGCCAGAUCCACGUCACCGUCGCUGUUGUCCAGUAUAAUACAGAGUAUGGAAAAGGGCAGCUCCACUAUGGUGUCUGUUCCAAUUUCUUGAAGCAGGUGUCGCCAGGUGACCACGUUGAACUUUUCGUUAGAAGUGCUACAAGUUUCCAUAUGCCACAAGACCCGAGUGUUCCAAUCAUCCUGGUGGGGCCUGGCACCGGGGUGGCACCCUUCAGAGGCUUCUGGCACCACCGUCACCACAUGGUGCGCCACAAGAACGAGAAGCCUGGAGAGAUAAAUCUCUUCUUCGGAUGCCGGACAAAGGCUCUUGAUCUGUAUAGUGAGGAGAAGGAAGUUAUGAGGCGAGCAGGAGUGCUCACCCACACCUACCUCGCCCUCUCCAGAGAACCUACUAUACCCAAGACUUACGUUCAAGAUUUAUUGGUAGAAGUUGGUGGAUACGUGUACAAGCAGGUAGUGCAGGAGAAAGGUCACUUCUACGUGUGUGGUGACUGUACCAUGGCUGAGUGUGUGUACCAGAAGCUUAAGAAUAUUGUUCAGGAACACGGGAGACUCUCUGACCAGGAGGUUGAGAACUUCAUGCUUCAGAUGAGGGAUGAGAAUCGGUACCACGAAGAUAUCUUCGGUAUCACACUUCGCACUGAGGAGAUACACCGUCAGAAGCGAGAGAGCGCCAGAGUGAAAAUGUCUUCUAUCGGUGGAGCUGGACCAGCGACCCCCACCCUGACCCAGGCACUCUCUAAUACUCCAUUCGGAGCGCCCUACAGUGGCUCCACCCUAACCUCAGUGGCACAAGAUAUACCCACCUCGGCAAACAACGAAUAGGGACACACUCGAGGGCAGAUCGGCUUUUCCAACACUUGUAUUAUCUCCACUUUCAAGCGUUUUUCAAGAUUUUUUGUUAAUUAUUUACCCAAUAAUAUCAAACCUACGUGAAUACCUCACAGAUGCCAAAAUUUAAUAACUACAGUAGCAAAGCUUCUAUUGAAAGUAGAAUAUUUUUUAACAUGGAACAAGAAUCUAAAAUUGUAGUAAUCGAUAAGAUUUUUCCAAGAUGGAAUUUAGCUUUUAAAAUAAAUAGUGAAAGCAACAGACUCCACACUGUAUAAUUUCUUUCGUGUACCAUCAAAACUGUGUACUGGGAAGAGAGACGAAUUUCGUUUUUUAGCAAUGGUUUAAUAAUACUCUUGACUACUUUUGCAAGUACAAGAAGUCCUCGCUUAACGUCGUUUCGUUAUACGUCGUUUUUCAUCACCUCAGUCUUAAUACCAUCAGUCAAAGCUGCUGAAUCCCUCUUGUUUGUAGAUUCGCCGGUAUAAUCGCCCGGCCAGGGCCUUUUCCAAGUGGUGGCCCAGUCUUGGCUUCCCUUCGUGGGAGUGUCUCAGACCAAUGUCUGCCAUGGGAGGAGAUGCAAGUACCUUCUCAUCUCAUGGGACUAGCAGUCCCCAGGCCUAGCCCCAUUCCCCACCCUCACAGGGCUGAGAGGGAGAAGCUAGGCACCUUGGGCUGCCACAAACCCCACCCACACUGGGCUCGAAGGGUGUAGUAGCUGCAUAGCAGCAGACGAUGUCACGGGGUGCAAAGGCAGCAAGCACUACAAGAUACUUUUGGAGCCACACCCCAACUUUGAACAUAAUGUCCGAGCUCUGGGGAAGCUCAAGAAUGCCUCUGGCUGUGAGUGUUGCUGUUGCUAUUUCACUUGUCCGUUGCACUCUCUGAAUCCCCCUUUCAUACUACUCACAGCAUCACACACACUUGCUCCACACCUGCAUCUGCCUCUUCCUUACACCUGUUAGUUCUUACACCUGUCAGCCCAACACAAAACCAUUACUUACCUUUCAUCAGCAUUCAUCAUUACUAAUAUAUUUACCACGAUGAUAGAACAAAAACCUACUACAUACAUUAAUUUUUGUUAAAUUUUAUCCCAGUCCAAUAAGGACAAGUACGGAGUCAUGUUUCUCUCACGAAUUAUUUCCUAAGAAUCUGAUUAGAAAGUAUAACACAAUUUUAUACCCAGGAUGAUUUGCUCAGUCCAUCUGGAGAAAAAUUAAAACAAGAAAAUAUUUUUUGUGCAAUUAUUCCUGGGAGAUUUUUUUUUUUCAAGAAUAAAUAGUAAUUCAAUGCAUUCGUUUAGGAGAAAAAAAAUCUGCUGGGAGCCAAUAGGCAUAAGUCUGAGUCAGGUUUUGAGCUGUGUUAUAAAUAUUGAAUCACCUGCACAAAAUAUAAAUUUUCAAAGUACUAUGGUGAGAAUGCUGUAUAAUCCUAUGGGUUUAGUGCUUCCCACUUAAUUAAAUAAUAAUAAUAAUAAUAAUAUGGUGAGAAUGAAAAACUGGAAGUUUUGCUAUUUGUAGUUUUUACACACUUUUUUUAAAUGUUUUUAAUAUAUAAACAACUCAAAUCUAUGAGGUAUUUUAUUACUUGAUUACUUUCCAGAUAAACAUUAUAUGAGAAAUAUCAAAAGAUGCAAUAAUUCUGAUUUUGAGAUACAGUUAAUUUGAGAUACCAAGCCUAAUGUCCUCUUUACCAUAUUAACUCUGAAGGUAUUCUGGGAAAAAGUUGGUCUGCUCUCGACUGUCCUCUCCAUCACUGGAGCAGCACUGUCCUCUCCAUCACUGGAGCAACACUGUACCCUCCAUCACUGGAGCAGCACUGUCCUCUCCAUCACUGGAGCAGCACUGUACCCUCCAUCACUGGAGCAGCACUGUACCCUCCAUCACUGGAGCAGCACUGUACCCUCCA